AUGGGCGGUCUCUCAACCGGCGCUGAGCGCGAUGGUCGCGGGCCUAAUCCGAACAACAUUGGAAACGAUGUAACCGAGACGACACGACUGUUAGAUGGCGCGACCAGCAAUGCCACGAGUGUUGGACCUAGGUAUACCUGGGCGGGAGCGGAGGACUUCGAUGGCCAUCCGUGGUGGCGCAAGCCCUCUGUUUACUGGCUGGUCGGGCCUUUCUUCCUUUAUACACUUGCCUUUGGCGGUAUCAUAGUACCAAAGCUCAAUUUAAUCAUCAGCUUGAUUUGCCGAGAAUACUUCGCCGACCAGACCUCCAAAAACCCUGGCCUGGUUUUCCCACCCGUAAUUCUUGGUGGGAAUAACGAAGAAUGCCAGAUCUCACCAGUCCAGAAGACCGCCACGAAGAUGACGCUGGUGAUGAACCUUGCGGUCGGGUUGCUGAGUGCUAUUUCGGCGCCCAAACUCGGGCAUUUGUCCGACAGGUAUGGCCGAGCCAAGUGGCUGGCUCUCUCGUCUUGUGGAGGCAUCAUUGGCGAGAUUAUUACAAUUGUUGCGGCGAAAUUCCCGGACGUUGUUGACUAUAGGUGGAUAAUACUCGGAUCGGUCUUUGAUGGACUCACCGGCUCGUUCACUGCAGGGACUAUCCUUGGCCAGUCAUACGCCAGCGACUGCACUCCGCCUUCGAAGAGAAGUGUGGCUAUCGGAUAUCUACACGCCUGCCUCUUCACUGGUCUUGCGCUUGGCCCAAUCCUGUCGGCCAAAUUUAUCAAACAUACCGGAAACGAGCUUGUCUCUAUAUUCUACGUGGCUCUCGGCUGCCACGUUUUCUUCGUCUUGUUCGUUUUAUUCGUCCUUCCAGAAUCUGUAUCGAAGAGGCGACAGCUUCUCAGUCGAGAGAAGUACUCGAAGGAACUCGAGGCGCGAGGGGAGGACAAUAGCUGGCUGAGCUCACUACGUCAUCGAAAUCCGUUUGCGCCACUUAGGAUACUGUACAACAAGCAUCCCAGUGCGACGUCGCGGUUCCGCCGCAACAUUAUUUCACUGGCUCUCGUGGACAUGGUCCUCCUCGGAGCCGCCAUGGGCGCAGGGACGGUCAUUAUCCUGUACAGCGAGUACGUGUUCAAGUGGGACAAUUACAGGAGCUCUCAAUUCGUGUCGCUUGUGUCUACUGUGCGAGCCUUUGUUCUCAUGGCGAUUCUCCCUCUCAUCAAUUACAUCUUCCGAACUCGCCCGGCCGCCCGCCGGCGACGCCUCUUCCCCGGUCGGGUUGUUGAAACCAACAAGGGCUGCGAUGAGUUGGACAUCUGGCUCAUCAGGACGGCACUAAUCUCCGAUGUCCUUGGUGCCACGGGUUACUUCUUCGCGAGCACCGAGCCUCUCUUUGUUCUCAGUGGUAUAGUCACAGCUUUCGGCGGUCUCGGUAGCGCGACGAUUCAAGCGGCGAUUACGAAGCAUGUACCGCCGGAAAAGGUCGGACAGCUUCUCGGCGCCGUUGGACUCUUGCACGGAUUAGCUAGGGUGGCGGCGCCACUCGCAUUCAACGGACUGUACCAUGCGACUCUCGACACAUACCCUCAGGCCAUUUUUAUCCUGUUGGCGGCUCUCUUUAGCGUUUCGCUGGCGGCGAGUCUGAUCGUCAAACCUCAUAUCUACGUGAGGGACGAUGCACUUCCGCCGUCUCCAGCACCUCGGCCAACUACGUCGGACUCGGCGUUGGAGGAAGAGCUUCUCAUCUGA